GGGGGGAUGGGUGCUUCCCGAUGCUUGGAUCUCGUAUACCGGAGAGAGUGGAUCCGAGAUUGUGGAGACUUUCCCGGAAGACCGGGUUUUCCAUGCUCCGCUCCCUGAGGGAGUACAGGCGGUUCCGGCCCGUACGGCCAACGCGAUGGUGGGGGUGAUCAACCGGUUGAAGUCCGCGUUGGUUCGAGCCCGGUCUGCACUUUCUUGUAGGAGCCCCCACUCUACUCGGACGGGUGCUGGACGCGCCGGGGCCGAUGACGCGGGUCCCUCGGGCGGGGGACACGGUCGUGAGAGAGAGAGGGCCCGGCACUCGCCCCUACAGCAUCCCCGUUCCGACGCGGGGGUGAGUUCUUCCGGGGAGAGAUCCGAGCCGGAGCAUAGGCGACGUUCCGUGUCGGUGGCCCGAGAGCCUAGCCCCGAGUUGCAGUCACAACCUCAUUUUUGGGGUGAUUCUGGCUGGGGGCCCUCAUACCACGGGGAGUGGAGUGGAUGGACCGACGAGGCUUGGAGACAUGGAGCCGAUGACGAGUCUUAGGCUUACCUCUUGUUUUGUACAUAUUCAUUCUUGUAUUCCGCAUGUAUAUAUAUAUUUUUUUGCGAUUUUUGGUGCAAGAAUGUUUUGAGCCUUCCGUGGGCUUUGUUUUAACAUAUUAUAGCAAUAUUAGCUUUCU